UUCCCAACUCCGACUCACCUCCUUCUCACCAUCUCCCAUCCACCAUGAUCCGCCUCAACCCCACAUCCAUCCGCCUCCGCCAGUCCGACGUCAAGGCGCUGCAGGACGAGCUGGAGCGGCGCCGCGAGCUCGCGAAGAAGGCGGGCAACACUGCCGCUCCCAAGAAUCCAGCACAGCACAGCGCGCGCAAAGACAAGGACAAGGACGCGCGCUCGCGCUCCGCGCGCACCGCCAACGCCAACACCAGCACCAGCACUAGCACGAACGACAACCAGAACGCGCCGCAGCCCGCCGACCAGGCGGUCGAGGAACGCCGGCGGCGCCGGGCGGCGAUGAGCGCUCAAGAGCGCAUCGGGUACAUCUGUGAAAUGCUUCGCUGCCUCCUAUCCCUUUACCCACAUCCCCCGCCCCAUCUCAUAUACCCAGCAUCUCCCAUCACCACUAUGUCACAAUAGCAUCCUAUACAUCUGCCGGCACGCAUCUAAUAUCCUCGUCGCAAGCGCUCGAUCUCCGCCGCCUGCGCCGCGAUCGUCUCGCGGCUCAUCCGCAGCUCCUCGACCAGCGGGGCGACGGCCGCGCGGAUCUCAUUCUGGCGUCAGCGCAUCCACCCAUGCCCCUCUUCGCUCACCUUCAAACUCCGCCCCAUGCGCAACAUGUCCAUCUGCAUGUCGCCAAUCUCGCGCCGCAGCUCCUCGAGCGCAUCCCACCCCGGG